AUGAUGUUUCAGGAGGACAACUUUUACGACGAGGAUGAUGAUUUCCGGACACCAAUGGAUGACGAAGACGAUACUGGUUCUUCUACGCAAGUAGAUGAACGACCCUCUAGUCGUGGUCCUUCAGCCACUGCUUCUCCGUCGACCAUGACAGGUGCACUGGAAGGAAAUAAUAGUACAACGACCAAGGUCCGACAACAGCACAGCAGCAGCUACUCUGAUCCGACAGAAUCGUCGACUUCGUCAGAUUCCCCGGGAUCACCGGAUACUCUGGAGCACCGCCGCGGAAUGAAAAGACGUAUAGUCUAUUUAUAUGUUUUUCUGCUCAUUUUGCUUCGUUUUGAUUGCAUUUUCGUUUUGCUGUUUAAGUAGAGACAUAGGGCAGCUUUUUGAUGUUGUGCACCUGCACGUCACAGACGAUGAAGAUGCUCGGGCUAGCCUUUAUUUUGCAACAAAGACGGUCAACGUCCAAGCGUUGUCGUAAAUGAAUGUCGUGCUGGUCUUUAUUCUGCAAUAAACUUCAACUUUCUCAUCCUCUACAGACUCUUCGUCCGAGCUCGACACGAUUCCCAUCCCGAACCUGGAACUUUUUUCGUCGAGCACUCGGUACCGCGGCGUUCGCCCCCCCGAAGCCCGCCCCAUACCCCGGAUAGCCGGUGGAAGUGGCCUCGGUGGUAGCAGUGGUGGCAGCUACAGUGGGAGCAGUGCGGGCUGUUCUUUCACGGCGAAGCAUUAUAACCAUAACAGGAGCAGCGGUGGUGCCUCAACAAGUUCCUCCUCAUCAAUCCAAGGUAGGAACAGAUGGAAUUCCUCGUACGGGACAAGUAGAGACACCAUAGAAGAGGUGGACGGACUGGAGAACUCCGUAGUACCAGGAAGUUACAACUCUACUUUGACGUUGGCGACUGGUUCAUCUUCCAGGGACAAGAAUUCGGUCCACAAGAACUACUACGUAGAAGGAGAUCCACGACUUUAUCACCAGAAUUCUCUUUUAACCGGCGAGGAUCCAGAUUUCGACGAAGAGAUGCGGCAAAAUUUCUACUUUUCCGUGAUGAAAACCUUUUUUCGCCUCGCGAAAAACCCAUCCGCGUUGAUCCGCUCGUUGCAGAACCUGAUCAUUGCAGCCUUCCCGGUGCUGCUCACGCAAGACAGCUCGUCGAGCGGGUCCGAGGAAGAGACGGUCAUCGAAAAUUUGGCCGAGCAACAGAUAAAUGCCAGCAAUAGUAGUUCCUCGGUUAUGCUUACACAAAAAAUUUGCCGCAUACGAUUACGAACAAGACGCGUCGAAAAGAACGUGGUUGCCAAGCGAAUAAGUGAGAGUAGAUAUGUCAUGCUGAGUAUCAAUCAUGAGUUUUCAUUUUCUUUUCGUCGAAAACUUCUGCGUUUGUCAUGCCCUGGGAGAAUCAAAUCAUGAGAAUUAGAAUCUGAUUUGUGUGUCGUGUGCGGUAAAUGAUUUCCCUUGGAUGCCAAUCGGGAUGAACAGCUUGAGGAGACUGUUUCUCUACAGCAGCAACAACCGAUAUGGAAGUGUCAGAAGCGAAAUUGACAAAAUCGAAAUGAUUUGUCAUGCAUAAACUGGAUUCCAGUUCGAACCCAGUUUCUAGCUGGCGCAUCACAAAUUCUGGCGGUGCCUAAAUCCAGUUUGUAAUGCUGCUUAGGCAGAGAGAACUGAUUCUCUCAUGCUGCCUUAGCAGCUCGAGCUAUGAACCCAAACAGGCUUACAAUCGGCCUCACUUGCCUGCUCUGCAACACACGUAUUUCGCGUCAUGCAUUUCUUGCAUCGCAAAUUUUUCGAUUUUGUCAAUUUCGAUCCUGACAGUUCCAUAACCGAGCCCCUUCCGGGAGUUUGUACAGCGCCACGAGUGUAUGCAUUGCAAAUAUGUCUGGGUCUGGAAGGAUGCGAUCUUGUGAUGCGCAUUUCAGAACGCAGAAAAAUCUCUUAUGCAUAGGUAGCAAAAGAUGCCCACUUUCUGUCACCAAAGUGGGGGAUUUGUCAUGCGGAUUAAGCAAUGCCAAUGCGUAUGCGGAAGCUUCUCAAAAUCUGUGAUGCUAGGGCUUCCAUGAAAGAUGUGAUGCUAGGGCUUCCAUGAAAGACAUUUUGUGUCAUGCAAAAACAGCAUCACAAAAAUCUGCAUUCUUCCAGACCCAGACAUUUUUGCAUUUGAUAGAGAGCGGGUGGGGAACAGCAUCAACCCGGUAGCAGCAGGACGGCGACAAUAAACGGAAAAUCUAUGAUCUCCCUGAGUCGCAACUAUCUGUAUCAGAAGAACAAGUCCUCGCGUUCGAGCAACAUGUUGCUGCUCGGCACGCACCUCUCCACGGUCGAGGAGGGCGACGUGUACUAAGAAAAAUAUUCUACGGGGCGGUUGGAACGAACGAACGAACAACGGCGUUGGAUCGCUUUCUGCAGGUAGAUGCUACUAGCAGUCGACAAAGAUCAUGAACAACCCUUGCUCUGUUCCAAUUUCCCCCAGCUACAUUAUACGAUUUUAUUUUAAAAAGACGUUCAAGAACGGCGAUAGCGAUAUCGAAGACGAGAAAUAAUACGUUCUGUUUCAGAAAUAUACCAGUGGCAGUGAAGAACUAAGUAGUAGAGUGAGUCAAUUUUAUGAAGAAGGCGAUUUUAUUUCCGAAUCACGGAAACAGGAGCAGAGAGCUAUUUUUCAAAUGAAACUACCGAAAGAACAUCAAAGAGGUCCAGCUACCGAGAUGCACAGCGAAUCGUUUAUAAUUACGUCGUCAGUUUUUGAAUUAAGAGAAGCGCUACAACAGUAGUACUAUGGGGUAGAGUACAACAAGUAUUUCUUCUCGGAGUGAAGAAUGAUAUUUCUAAAAGUCGUGAUAGUUUAUUUGGUCACACUAGGAGAGCUCUAGAACCCUAGUAACUUACUCUCCCAGCGGUCGCAAAAGAUCGACGGGAAGAAGUUGGAGCGCUUCCUUCAGCCGCCUCGUUUCUUACGGCGUGCAAUGAUUGGCAAAAGAGUCUUGAUAGCUAGUGUGAAGAAAGGUUGACCGCUCUACAAGUUUAGGGAGUCGUUAUUGAUGGGAUUUGCAUUUAUUACGCUUACGGUCGUGGUUUUGUAUUUCAUCAGUAAAAUACUGCAGGAAAAAAAGAAAAACUCUCUAGAAACUCCAUCCACCGAAGGAACACAGCCCUCCGCCUUAGCCUGAGCCAAGGGUCGGGGAAGCUUGCCCUAAUGUUUCCGAAAAGGUACAAGGAAAGGCUUUCUACUGACUCAAUUUGACGGCGGGCGGAAUAAACAACUAAGCCGUUUAUCUAUGGACGAAUUUUUCUAGUACAGUAGGCGUCACGCCGUCCACCUCGUCCUUAAUGACGACGAGAUGAAACAAUGUUUCGCCCGUGACAAUCUUCAUCUCGGGCGAAACAAACAAGAGCCGCGGAAGAAUAGUCCUUUGCCACCCCUGCCUGAGGAGGUCUUGGUCUUUGUCAGAGUAAGCGCUUGCUGCACUACUUGGGUAUAGUCGUAUCAGGAGAGUGACCCUCAGAUGGAUAUUAAAUGGCGCCACCUCCGGCGCUGGAUGUAUUUACGUAGAGUUCCUCUCGUCUUAUGGAAGGAACGAGAACUACUUAUAUUGAGAGUCUAAAGUCCGCGAAAGAAAGCUGCUAAUGGCUUUCCCCUUGUUCUUCAAUUGGAGCAGCGAUGCGGCUGCGCUCCUUGUAGGUCUUUAACUACGAGUGAACUGUUCAUAUGAUACUUGCUGCCACCUGAGGCGAAACUGAACAAAUGAUACCAGCGAAAAAUACUCCUUGUCAAAUUUUUAUGAAACAACAGGAAAGACCAAGGGGGCACCAAAACCUU